CUCUGGUUAUUGUUAAACAUACUAUCUUCUUUCAUUGAUCUUGAGAUGGGGAAUCAAUCAGACUGUAUACUCGCUCCACUGGCAAUAAACAUCAAACAAUUACAUUUGCCCGAUAUCCCACUGGAAAUCGAAAUGACUCGGUCCAGUCUCAGCACGGUGCUGUCAAGCACGUGACACGAGCGAGUGAGAGUUCUUGAUUCAAAAUGUCUAUGUCCAAGACCGUCAUCCGGUCGGGCCGUAUAACCCAGCAAUCGCUAUUUCGAUGCAGCAUCUCCCGUCAAAGGGUGCAGCGAUCACAAGAACGCCAUUUCAGCCAAUCUCGCGCUGUCGCCGCCCCAGUGACCGGAGCAAGUGAAGCUGAAGUGCAAGCAGCACUGAAAUACUGCUCGAAUCUUCUUCUACAAUAUGACCGCCCCUCCUAUACCCUCAGUACCUUCAUUCCCCGAACGGCGCAAACUUUUUACAUCGCUCUUCGAGCUCUUAAUGUCUCUCUUUCCCUAAUCCCUGAUACCACCUCAUCCCACACGAUCGGGCUUAUGCGCCUUCAAUUCUGGCGCGAUGCAAUGGCCAAAACACUAUCCGGGUCCCCCCCAAAAGAACCUAUUGCCAUUCUCCUCGCCUCGGCCAUCUCAGACCUCACAGAACGAACGCAAGGUCGGGCGCGAAUCAGCAAAGGCUGGCUGAAUAGAAUGAUCAAUGCCCGCGAGCAGACUCUUACCAACGACCCGUACCCUGAUAUCGCUGCCCUCGAAUGCUAUGCGGAAAGCACCUAUUCGACCUUGCUCUACUUGACACUCUCAGCACUGCCCAUGACAUCCGUAACGGCGGACCAUGUGGCAUCGCAUAUUGGAAAGGCAGCCGGUAUCACAGCUGUACUCCGUGGUUUGCCACUGGUGGCAUUCCCGGGCGCAUCGACUCAGCGUCCUGACCAGGCUGGUACGACAAUGGCCGGAGGAGCAAAGCAGGGAGCCGUAAUGCUGCCAUUGGAUGUAAUGGCGCAGGCUGGGGUAAAAGAAGAAGAGGUGUUCCGCCUGGGCAGUGAGGCGCCAGGAUUACGGGAUGCUGUUUUCACGGUUGCCACUCGGGCCAGCGAUCACCUGAUUACCGUGCAGCAGAUGUUGAGCAAUAUUCGUGCUGGGCAGGAUGCAGGGCAUGAGUUUGAGCACGGUCAUGAAGAGGAUCAUCAGUAUGAUUUCCAAUCCCAGAAUGAGACCCCACUACAGGAGGUCAAUCGUGCAUUUGGUGUGUUUAUGCCGGCCGUUGGAACGCGGCUGUGGCUGGAUAGACUAGAGAGUCAUGAUUUCGACAUCUUCCAGCCUGAACUUCUCCGGUCAGAUUGGAAGCUCCCUUGGAAGGCUUAUAUGGCUUUUACGCGAAAGACCUUCUAAUGAUCCGUAAUUUCGGAUGUUUGAAUGUUUGACUUGUGUAUGAUAUGAUAGAUGUAUAAUAGUAUGUGCACCAGGCU